GGUAAAAUAACAGCCUCUAUUCUGAGCUCACACAUAGCACUUCCUUCUAUCAGAAGCAGAUUUGGGAUUUAGAAAACUCUCAGCAGAGGCUUCCUGUGGCUUCUAAAGAACCGACAGACACACAGAGGAUCGGAGAUCUCAGUGACGGGUCCUGCCACCAUGAUGGUUCGAGCACGUGAGCUUUGACGACACUGCACCAUGUACAGCGUGGAAGAUCUCCUGAUUUCUCAUGGAUACAAACCCGCCCGAGAUGUCCCAGCACCAUGCAAAGACAAACCAGAGGGAUGCCAGUCAGCGAGGACAAGAACCCGAGCCGGCCAAGGCCUAUUGAAUGGGUAUGAGGAUGGCUCUGCAGCCCAUGCCCACGGUAGGACAGCCCUGAGGACAGGACAUGUGAGCAGCUCUGAAAGCCGCAGCAGCAAGCCAAGAGGCCACGGGGAGCGCCAAAGCACGUCUGCUUCUAGAACUCCUGAGGCGGGGCUUUUUAAUCAACCUUCCUCAGCAUGGUCCUCUCAGCCCCAGACUGGUAGUGAACACACCUACUGGAGCAGAGGAAGGCAGGAGGGCAGUGGCUUGCUGGGUCCCAGGGACCGGGAAGACCCGGAGAUCAGAGGAAUGGCUCAGGCCCACAGUCUGCCCAUCCACAUGAGAGAGAGUCCAUGGGAAGUUGCAGGGAGGACAGAGCAUGUGAUAAAGAAGGCUGUUUGGGAAGAAGACCUGAGGAUGCCAGCUCCUGCUAGGUGGCAGAAUGUGAGCAUGGAAAGCUGGAAGCAGCCGAGGAAGCCAGAGAGGCAGGUGUCCGAUGGCGAGAGAGAGAAGAGGUUCCAGGAUUUGUACCAGUUCGUUCAUGGGGAGCACAUGCUGACAUCUCAGAACAAAAAGAAAUCUCAGUCAUUGCCUCGCGUUCUUUCUCCUGAGAGCCUGAGUUUCACGGAAAUCCCUGUUCCAAUACACGAUGGACACUUAAUAGGUGUCCCCAAAGUGCCGCCAUACCCUCCCAACUGCCGGCCACCUGUGGAACCCACAAGGAACCUUGAGAAGGCUAGUUCCUCAGGCCCUUUUCCCCGGCCUAAGUUUGGGAAGCCCCUUAAGGCUUCAUGCUACGGCUCUCAGCCCAGGGGAGAAGACGGAUCUCAGGACCACCAGCGCAGGGAGCCACGUGGCUCCCACCUGACAAGAAGUAAGCACCCCAGGCAUGAGUUGGGUACGCUGGACACUGGCUUGGAGCCCCCGGUGUACGUGCCCCCACCUUCUUACAGGUCACCCCCGCAGCACAUUCCAAACCCCUACCUUGAAGAUCCCGUGCCCAGGCAUGCCAGCAACCAGAGUCUGCAGCAGCAGCUGCCUGAGAAGGCUGAGGCCAGCUGUCCACUUCCUUCUGGUUCCCUUGCAGCUAGGAACCUCUACGAUGCGAUGCCUCGCUCUCCCCCUCAAGGUCUCCCUUCAUACCCCUAUCCUGUGGCUGCCCACGAGGGUUCUAUUCAGUACAUUCCUUUUGAUGAUCCACGGAUCCGGCAUAUCAAGCUGGCUCAACCCCCAGAGUCCUAUGAAGAGGCAAAGGCUGAUGGAAGAUUCUAUGACUCCAGUCUCAUCGCUGCCCAGGAACCAGCUCUUGGGAGAAGACAGUAUAAUGAUGGCCUGUCAGCACCACAGGGACCAACACCCCCACCAGCUAAUGAGCGGGGCUCAGCCUUUGCCCAUUCCAGCCCCCGGUGGCUGCGGCGUCAGCUCCCCAUGGACAUUGAACAUGGAGGCUUCCCUGUCCAAACAGAGCCUCCUGUCGUGAGAGGAUUAGCAGCUGAUGUGAGAGACAGCAGGGCAGAAAGCCAUGCCUCUUCCCCACAGCCACAGAAUGAAGGUACCUGCCAAACCUACACGAAGCUCAGAAAGUUUGAAGCCGGGGUUCAGGGCAAGAAGAGUUCAAAGAAGAAAAGCAAUGCGACCAUAUUUUGUUUGGUUUCUGUCCCAGUGAAAUCCGAGUUACUUCUGCCAGAUACAGAUACGAACAACAAUGACUUAAAGCCAGGGACUGAUAAGAUGGAUGGGCUGUGUCAGGGUACAGGCCUAGAGGAGCAAAGCCUGCUGAGUAUGUCUUCCACUGACCUGGAGCUGCAAGCCCUCAUGGGAAGCAUGGCUUGGAGAAGAACAUCCCCAGGACAAGGUCUUGGGGAACUAGAAGAUGGUCACACCGAUGACCUCAGAAUCCUCCACCUCACCAAACCCAGGGAGCUCCGGGCUUCCAGCUCAUGGCCAGGCCACCAGUACAGAGAUCAGCAGACCCAAACCAGUUUCCCUGAAGACUCCAAAAGCUCACAGCUCCUUCCUGCCACAAGUCCAGGAGAUCCCAGCUAUGCAGCGCUGGCCCCAACAUGCCCAGAACCCACUGGCUCUGAAGCACACGCAUGUGCAGCCUUAGCGUCCGGUGAUCAAGAUCAGAAGCCCAGUGCACCUCGCCUGCGAGGGCAAAUGUCCCUCAGCCCAUCUCAAAACAGUGCAUUCUCGAGGACUUCCUCAGCCAUAAACCAGGCACCUAAGCCCAGAGGGGCCUCUGGCCAGCCCCCUAGUGUCAGCCCUGUACCCAAGCCAGAGGUGGUGAAAGGGGAGCCCACAGCAGGCCAGUGCAACAGCACACAACUCUUUGGUCAGUUUCUUUUGAAACCAGUUAGCCGGCGGCCCUGGGAUCUCAUCAGUCAGCUAGAAAGUUUUAACAAGGAGCUUCAGGAAGAGGAAGAAAGCCAUGAGGCUAGUGGUGGGGGCAGUAAUGAGGACAGUGAGGCAGAGCAGCCACAGGCCUGUGCUGACCCCAGAGCCAAGACGUGGGGCCGCCAUGAAACCAGCCAGGAAGCUAGAGCAGAGCAGCUGCCUGCAGUGCUGGCACUGGAGGAGCCAGGGACCCAGGAAGGAAGACUUACUGAGUUGGAGAAUUGGAGUGAGGAACCAAAACCUGGCCGCCCAUGUGCACAUCCCCAGUCUCUCAGCCAGUCACAGGAGGAAGACAGCAGAGCUGUUCCCAUCCAGCGUGCAGACGGAAGCCUGACUGCAGAGCAGCAAAGCCAGGAGAUUCUGAAUGGAAUGUAUGAGGGAGACAGCGUGAGUCCCCUGAGCAAGACUCCCAGUGACACAAAAGCAGCCCCUUUGUUCUCUCUGGAAGAACCAAGAAGAAGUCAAGAACUCACCAAAGUCAGCGGUGCAUUAGAGUCUGUGCAGCUGGGCCAAGAGAUUCCUCCAAAGCUGCAUAGCGGUGAGGAAAGGGACACAGAGCUCCUCCUGCCCCUUGCUGGCAAAUAUCAAGGCCUCCCCACCCCAGACUUGCAGUCUUUGGGCCUCACACUGGGACAAAAGCAGAGUGCCUAUAAAUCGGAGCCUCUGGGUCUAGAGAGUGCCGUGGAAGUCCUCCCAAGUGAGACUCUUCAGGAAAGGGCAGAGAGGAUUCUGGGCAUCGAGGUGGCCGUGGAGUCCCUUCUGCCAAGUGCCAGGAGAGGAGGGCAGAGCCCACUCCCUGAGCCCGAUACAAGUGCCUAUAGCCCAGAGUCAUCCAGGGAGGACUCACCACCCAGCUUGGCGCCACCAGGGCCCCCGACAGUGGCCGCUGAUGCCUUCUAUGGCAGGAGAAAGUGCGGCUGGACUGAGAGCCCCCUCUUUGUAGGAGAAAGGGCCCCCCAGGUUUCUAUCUUCUCAGCUGUGGAUGGGCUCUCGGCAAGCCAGGCCACCAGUCCUGAGCCUGAGCAAAAGGAUGAGGAGUCAAAGCCCCCCUUCAGGUCCACUCUGUCCCAUGUCAUGGAGAAGACCACAGGUGCAGCGGGCUCUGAAAAGAGGCUCAGAGGUCCUUCCAAAGUGAUCGAAAGUUUACAAGAGAAACUGUCAUCACCCCCAAAGAGGGCAGACUCAGUUCGCUUGGUAAGAAUGAGAGAGGUGAACUCCUUGUCUCGGAUGAGGAGCCUGAGCUCCAGGAGCGCAGACUCCGUGGAGGAGCCCGACCAACUAAAGGCCGCCAAAAGUCAGGCCUGGCCGUCAGGAGGCCUCAUGUCCCCGACCGGUGAAGAGCAGGCCUGGCAAGCAAGGCAUCUGCCCUUCGGCUCUCAAGAAGAAAAUGGGCACCCUGAGGUGCCCAGGGAGCUGUUGGAGCAGGACUUGUGCUGUGCAGAGUCAUAUGACCCCAGCCGAGUGGAGAGGGUGUGAUGGAUGCUGGUGAAGCCCACCACCUCGGCUACCAGAGUGUUCUCUGGCUGACCAACCUGUCUUGAGGCUGCGAAGCGCUGGGUUUUCUGUGCCCUGAUUCCUCCUUUGCUGUCACCCCCUCCCGAUUGUUACGGAGAUAAGGAAGUGGUCGGCUGACGCCAUCUGUCUUCUGAGCAUGGAUGUGUAACUUCUGUAUUUAGACAAGAGUUUUCACAUCAGUUCCCCUUCCCGGGGGAUUAGGCCGAGCUGGUAAAUAACUUGGUGUUGAUCUGGUUUUAUGUGAAAAAUCAAACAUGGAAGACGCAAUGGGUGAUUUUGAUUGGACUUGAUGCCACCCAUUCCCCGCCGCUUCUUCCCAGCCCACGCUAGGUGUUUGCACACUGAGACUUUAAGGGGGAUGUGAGUGAGUAUGUGUGGAUGACCCAUUUUUAUUACUCAAUCUUUGGCAGCUCCGGGUGACAUGUGACUACCUGCUAGACUCACAGUGGCGUCUUCAUGUUCUCGAAGGGCCACAACCUCGCUGUAAUGAACCCAAGAGGUAGCUCACUUGGCAUGGAAGCAACCAUGCUGCGCUCUGCUUUGCACUCGUUCCCCAGGUCCUACUUUCUGUGUGAAUGUUUAGAUAUUCUUUAUAUGAAAAAUAAUUGCUGGUUUAAACUAGACCAUGUUAACAAAGUAACUAUAUUUCUUUUUAUAAAAUUGCUAUUUUUCUAUGAUGUAUAAACAGUUCUUAGGUGGCAGAUUUUUAAGGAAGUGCUAUUUUAUUUAAGUCUAUCCCUGUGUGUGUGAGGGACCCAACAGGGCCCACAUCGGCUUUAGAGCCUCUCAACCUGCAGCACCGCUUCUUUUGAAAGACUGAUCACAUGUUCAUUAACUCUCAUGAAGAUGUUUCCGUAGCUGGAGCUGUGUGGUUACAUUCGAAGACACCCCUCUCACAAUCCACCAACAAGUUCAUGGUCAUCUUGCAGCCAGGUCAACCAGAAUUGCCGAAAGCCCAUAGUUUCGUCUUUGUGUUUCUGUGGGGAAUCUGCCCCAAGAAGAAACUUUUCCCCUGCCCACUACCUUGCUCUUUUAAAGAAAGCUAUAUUUUUUUCUAGAAUGAUCCUGAUGAAUUUUCUUGCAUAUUCUAAAAAGUGCUUGGAAACAGUGCAUAGGAGUAUGUGUGCAUCUCGCACGACGGAAGAAUAAGCGGCCCAUGGCUGCACUGCUGCCUUUGCCUGUGGAGCCCAUGCAGUUUGUAGUUUUUCACCCUUAUGUCUGAGGAGGUAUCCUUGUUAGCUAACAUUUUCCAAAGUGUUUGUCCCCUUCCUUCCUUCCUCUCCCCUCUCCCUCCCUUUCCUCUCUUCUCCCUUCACCUUCCUACUAAUUUUUUUUGACACAUUUAGUUAAUCUGUUUUCAGACAUGCCAGAUUCCUCCAGUGUGAGGCCGUGGCUGCUCCGUCCUCUGGCCCUAAGCUCACAGACAGGAAUUUGACUGUCUCUUAUCUAUGCCACAUUAUUUUAUUUCCUGAGAACCUCACACACUCUGACCGGACCUCACAAAACAGAGUCCAAGUAGUCGCUGCACCUUCCCAGAUGCACACGUCUGCAGUCCCCUGUUCCCCAUGGCCGUCCUUGUCCGGAGCAUGGCUCUCAUGGGAAGGGGCAGGUCUCUGGGGCAGUGGGCGAAGGCAGAGGUACCUACCUGUCUCUGCGGGGGUGUGCUUCCCUCCGUGAAAACAGUGAAAGCGGCCAUGUGCCUGUGCACGGGUGUGACGACCCCAGUGCAGGCCCUGUGCACACUGGCGCUGUGCUGACUUCGUGUCAGAUGACACAAUGCCAUCUAGAGACCUUAAGAGAAAGAGAAGGAUCCUGAAGGAAAGCUGUUGUGCCUUAUGUAUCUCAGGCUGAAACGGGAUGCGCUUCCAUUUUGUCUUGCUUGAAAUCAAAUCAUACUUCUCUGCAGCCAGUCAGUAAAAAUAAUGAAUAUUUAUACUUUAACCUUAAAAGUUUCCUGGAGUCAAGCCCAUAAGCAAAUCUUUUGGAAGUAAGUGGUAACAUUAGACCUAGCAACUUGAAAUUUUGACCUUUAACUUUUCAUAUUCCUAAGGUAACAUGUAUCUGACCAAAAAUGGCUUUGCUGAGGUCUUGAGGUCAAGGCUAACCAUCAUUCCCUAUGUAAAUUUCAUAUGAACUCAUGACUAUCGAUGGAAAAAGUUUCCCAUAUUCUGUAUUUGUAAUUAUUUUUCUCAUUACACGUGUUGGUAUUCAAUAAUUUGAAGCUUUCUAAUUUUGACCAUUUGAACUAAAAAUUAUGGGAAGAUUUGUGCCUGUAUUGUUUCUGGAAUUUGCAGAAGUGAGGAGAAAUGUUUGUCUUGGCCUCUUCGGAGGAAAUUUCUUGAAGGAUUGAAGAUGAGGUGUCUGUUACCAUAUUCAGCUGUGUUUCUGUAAACCCUGGAACCGUCUGCUGGUGCCCCUGGCUCCUGGCAGGAACCCUCAGAUUUAUUUCCCUAGCUAUAAACACUAUUUCCUUUAUUAAUAAAGACUUUAAAUGUGCAUCA